AUGUUUAUCCGCGAGACGCUCCCAGGUCCAUCGCGUGACCAGCACUUCUUCGACCUCUGGUCUACGAGACUAAGUCGGAGGAGAAAAAUUAUCGACGAAAAGCCACAUGACUACUUCCUCUCUUCUCUUCUCCAUAUCUUAAGAGGAGGGCUAGAACUUCAACGAUUUCCUACAUUCUGCGCUGCAAUUGUUGGCGGCUCGACUCUUCUUGAGGCACGUCCCUCUGCGGAGGCUAUGUGCCAAAUUCUUAACGAGUUUGACUGCUUUGCAGAAGUCAAGGUAAGCUCUGCCCUGGCUUUUCUGAUGCGGAAUUCGAAAGACGGCUCUUCUCUCAGGAUCACACGAUGGCUCUCCUCCUUCAUUGCCGCUUGGUUUAGUUUGAGGCUCCUGCAGUCUAAAAAGAGCGAUAACUUCACCGAGGAUGUGGUCUACGAGACUGCGAAUGGAAGAGUCUCUAGGCCUACGCAUUUUGCUGGUCGAACCAUGGACUUGACCCUCUUUGCUGUGACCCGAGCCCUUGAUGUACUUGUGGGAGAGCUCUGGACCCAACGGAAAUUAGCGAGGACAGCGACAGGACAAUGGAACGCUACCGACAAACUGUUCACAACAGUCGCUGACCCUGCGAUCUUUGCUUCAUCUUGUGCCCUCAUCAUGUGGGCAUGGGUAUAUAACCCAGACCGCCUGCCCCGUUCAUACAACAAAUGGAUCAAGUCAGCCGCAGCUGUCGACCACCGUCUUGUCCUCGCCCUCCGCCGCGUCCGGUACGGCGAAAUCAAGUACGGCCUCGAGACAGGCCAAGCCCCUCUCCUCGAGGGCAUGUGCAAAGAUUAUGGGUUGCCACUCGAAUACGGAGACCCCGUCAAAAGCAUCCCCUAUCCAUGCGAGAUCGUGCAUAUGGGCACCGGCAAGAACUGCGAAUAUCACGCCGUCUCCCGCUUUGUGCGCUCCUUCACCUGGGCAUUCUCCACAUACCUGCCCCUCAACCUCCUCCUCACUGCACGCAAUCCUUCCUCAAAGGGGCUCAAGAAUGCAUUGAAAUCCUCCGCGCGAUCGUCUGCGUUCCUCAGCACCUUCAUAGCGCUCUACUACUACGGCAUCUGCUUCACCCGCUGCCGAGUCGGCCCUCGCAUCCUCGGUACCUCAACCUCGGCGCGGCAGCAGAUCGACGGUGGGAUGUGCAUAGGCGGCGGCUGUGCCCUCUGCGGAUGGAGCGUGCUGAUCGAGAACGAGGCCCGGAGGAAGGAACUCGGUCUCUUCGUGGCCCCGCGCGCCCUGGCUACGCUGCUCCCGCGUCGAUACCUGAUGGAGAACCAGUGGCGGGAGACGCUGGCCUUCGCUGCGAGCACGGCUGUCGUCUUCGCCUGCGUGCAUGAGAAGCCGGUACGAGUUCGUGGCGUGUUGGGGAAGCUGCUGAACCGAGUUCUGAGCCCCUGA